AGGGAAUGUCGGCUGUGCGCGAGUUAAAAAUAACCCCAUCAUCUCCUCUUCUCCUGGUUGACACUCCUCUCUGGGUCACUCGCAGCGUUCAGUGGCUUCACUGGCUGGCAGCAGGAAUAUGUGAAGAUGGCCACGGAUCUGGGCGAGCUGCUGGUGCCGUACAUGCCCACUAUACGGGUGCCGAGAUCAGGAGACAGAGUGUACAAGAGCGAGUGCGCCUUUUCCUACGACUCUCCGGAAUCAGAAGGUGGGUUGUAUGUGUGUAUGAACACAUUCCUGGGUUUUGGAAGAGAACACGUGGAGAGACAUUACCGUAAAACUGGACAGAGUGUGUACAUGCACUUAAAACGUCAUGUGAAAGAGUGUCAUUGCUUGCCACAGAAAGCCACAGGUGCUGCUGGGGGUGCUGUGCCAAGAAGACGGAAUGGGAAAGUAUUUUUAGAUUUAGAACUUAACCGUGACUUUAACGGGGAUGAUUAUGAAUAUGAAGAUGAAGCCAAGCUUGUCAUAUUCCCAGACCACUAUGAGAUCCCUUUACCAAAUAUCGAGGAGUUGCCUGCCCUGGUGACAAUUGCUUGUGAUGCUGUACUCAAUGCUGUUUCUGCGUACAAAAAGCAAGAGCAGGAUUCAUGGGAGGAGGAGCUUCAAGUAUCCAAGCAUGCCAGAAGUCUCAGACAACAAGAGAACGGGGUUCGGAUUCCUCCCAGUGGCUGGAAGUGUGCCAAGUGUGAAAUGCGAGAGAACUUGUGGCUGAACCUGACAGAUGGCUCAGUCCUCUGUGGGAAAUGGUUCUUCGAUGGAAGCGGUGGGAACGGACAUGCCCUCGAACACUACAAAGAAACCAAAUUCCCACUAGCUGUCAAGCUAGACACCAUCACCCCAGAUGGAGCAGAUGUUUACUCCUUUGAUGAAGAAGAGGCAGUACUUGACCCUCACAUAGCAGAACACUUGGUACACUUUGGAAUAGACAUGCUAAAGAUGCAAAGGACGGAGAAUGGCCACCACACAGACAACCAUGUGCAGCCUCGAGCCACUGAGUGGGAGGUGAUUCAGGAAUCUGGCCUUAAGCUGAAGGCAGUCUAUGGUUCAGGGUACACAGGCAUCAGAAACCUGGGCAACAGCUGCUACCUCAGCACCACUAUGCAAGUGCUCUUCAGUAUCCCUGAGUUCCAGAGAGCGUAUGUCGGUAAUCUACAGAGAAUAUAUGACUACUCACCCCUUGAUCCUACACAAGACUUCAGCACACAAAUGGCAAAACUGGGUCAUGGACUACUUUCAGGCCAGUAUUCCAAACCGCCAGUCAAAUCAGAACUCAUUGAACAGGUGAUGAAAGAAGAAUACAAGCAGCAGCACAGAGGGAUUUCCCCCAGAAUGUUCAAGGCCCUGGUCAGCAAGGGCCACCCAGAGUUCUCCUCAAAUAGACAGCAAGAUGCCCAAGAAUUCUUCCUGCAUUUUAUCAACCUGGUAGAGAGGAAUAGCGCUGGCUCAGAGAACCCCAGUGAUGUGUUCCGCUUCAUCAUGGAGGAGCGUGUACAGUGCUGCCAGUCACAGAAAGUGCGUUACACACAAAGAGUGGACUACCUUAUGCAGCUUCCUGUUCCAAUAGAGGCUGCCACCAACAGAGAAGAGCUCAUGGCAUAUGAGAUUAAGCGGAAGGAUGCUGAAGAAAACUUACGUCCUCCUCCAGAUCCAGUGAGGGCCCGCAUUCCCUUCACUGCCUGUCUACAAGCCUUUAAUGAGCCCGAGAACGUUCCGGACUUCUGGAGCUCGGCACUACAGGCCAAGUCGGCUGGAGUGAAGACUUUUCGUUUUGCAUCUUUUCCUGACUACAUGGUUGUACAGCUCAAAAAGUUCACAUUUGGAGUGGACUGGGUUCCAAAAAAGUUAGAUGUUUCUGUAGACAUGCCUGACUUUAUGGACCUGAAUCGGCUCCGGGCUACAGGGCUACAAGCAGGAGAAGAAGAGCUCCCUGACCUUAUGCCCCCAAUUGUCAUUCCUGAGGACACAAGAGACAGCUCAGUGAAUAAUUCUUUGGAAUCUCCGGAAAUAGAUGAGGCCUCUGUGAUGCAGUUGGCAGAAAUGGGCUUCCCUCUGGAGGCCUGCCGGAAGGCCGUGUACUACACUGGGAACAUGGGGGCUGAAAUGGCCUUUAAUUGGAUCAUUGCUCACAUGGAGGAGCCAGACUUUGCCGAGCCCCUUGCGAUUCCUUCGUACAUGGAGGCAGACCUGCCCAGUGCCAGCUUUCCUACUGCCAGCCCUCUGGAUAACCAGCCUCCUGAGGAAAGCAUCUCCAUCCUCACCUCCAUGGGCUUCCCCAGACAUCACACCAUUCGAGCCCUGAAGGCCACGAAUAAUAACCUGGAGAGGGCGUUAGAUUGGAUCUUUACUCACCCAGAGAGUGAGGAGGAGAGCGAGGCCAUGUCCGACAUGGCCGACACAGAGCCCAAUGAUACCAGUUUCUCAAAUGCCAACACACACAGUGACUCAACACUGUCCCCAGAGCAGGAAAUGUCUAGUCCACGUGUUAGAGACGGCCCUGGACGGUAUGAACUCUUUGCCUUCAUAAGUCACAUGGGAACAUCAACAAUGUCUGGUCAUUAUGUAUGUCAUAUCAAAAAGGAAGGAAGAUGGGUCAUUUACAAUGAUCACAGAGUAUGUUUGUCAGAAAGGCCUCCAAAAGACUUGGGUUACAUUUACUUUUACCGGCGCCUGCCCAGCUGCUAGAUUUGGGCCUUAGAGAGAAGAGCCGCACUGCCUCCAAGGCACAGGAGAGGAGGAGGAUAUUUCUGACACUGCAGGAAACCUGGGAGGUGUUUGUACUAUAGAGAAGGAUAGAAUUCACCUCAAACUCUGCAAAGACCUGCAAAGAAAAGGCUCAUCCAGUACAGGCACGGUCACAUGGAGGGAAUGAAUGUGUUUAAUCAUCUGUUCAUUUGUUUAUUGUUGGUUUGCUGAGAGUAUAUUCUGUACUGGAGAUGCAGAGUGAUGUGUGCCAUAUAAAAUAUGCAGAUUAAUGUUCUAAUAUAUAUACACACAAAUUUAUUUUCUCUUUCAAUGCCUUGAGCUACUAUGCCAGUAUUUUUCAAGCGAUAGCUUCUUUUUGGAAAUGCAAACAUGAUUCUUCCUCAAUGUGGAAGUAUCACUACUGCCAGCCCUGAUUUAUACCAAGUUCAAUUUAUGUUCUUGGAAUUACAUUUCGGAUGAGCACUGGGACACAUUACUGUGUUAAAAAUAUUUGGAGGUUCACUGAACUUUAUGAAGUAAAGUGGAAUUUAGGUGACGUAAUAUUAUGCACAAAUACACACUGUUAAAGUAUUUGGCAAAGUAAAAAAGAAAUGUCAAAUUUAAAAUCAUUCAUGUGUGGGAGAAAGAUUGUUUUUGUAGGGAUUAAAUAUGCACUGUUACAGUAUCUUUAUAUAUCCUUGAUCUUUUGGGUAAAAAAAAAAAUUCAAGCAGAUUUAUAUUCUAUCUUGUAAAAGUUCAGCACAACUGAAAUACAAUAACUACGUUAUUAUGUAGGUUUACACCUUUGGUCAUUGUUAUAAGACAAGAAAGAUGUACCAGUCAUUUGUUUUGUGCAAUAGUUAAGUGCUUUAUACUCAUUACCCUGUCUAGGUUCUCUGACUGCACAGGUCUGAUUCACCAUAGUGUUUUUCAGCUCAUUUUAUUUUCAAAUACAUUAACAGGCCAUUUGUAUCCAAUAAGUAAGCAAUAUAUAGUGACAAGUGAAUUCAACUUUCUAACAUCAUAUGCAGCGUCUUGCGUCAAACUUGGAUCUCCGUUUUUGUCAGAUCUUUGGGUGAUGUGAAUGUGGAAUGUACUCUCUAUGGUGCUCAAUAUUACCAAAUCUCUCACACUUGUAGAUAUUUUCAUGUUUUCCCCCAGGUUACUCAUAGAAGCAUAGAGUAAUAUGUAUGAGGUAUUGAUUUGUUUUCUCUUUUUACCCCAACUACUCAUACAUGUUUUCCUCUGGGACACUUAUACCAGAUUAAUCAAUAAUUCUUUACAUGUUCUGUUUUAAUAUAGCACUGUUUGUUUCUCUCACUUUCUCUCUUCUCUUUCUAACUGGAUCUUAAGCGUUAAAGCAUACGUCAUAUGCUUUAUGUAUCCACUCUUCCUGUCUGCCUUUUUCUUUUCAGAGUGUGAAAGGUGAUGCUUCGAACACCUCCUUCUUAAGCAGGCCUUCAUAUUAUCAGCUUGUGCACUACAAUCCAAAAUGAAUAAGUUAGCCAUUCGAUAUUUUGAAAUGUAUAGCAGAUCUUAUGUGGUUCAUCUUUUUCUCCAUGUUUUUCAAGGAACUGAAUGUCAAGUGGUACAAAGUUUUUAUUUUAUUUUUUUUUUCUUUUUGCAAGUGAGUGUGCCAACCCUAUGGUUAUGCAAAUUUACACAACGUUCUUUUGUAAUGGAUCUUCUUAUCCAAAUAUUGCUUACAACAGAACAUUGAGGGCAAAUGUGUUCAUGAGAACAGCCUGUCCAAUAACACUAUUGACUAGACUAUUAAAUAAACCAAAUCACACGA